AUGAAGAAGCUGCAUGUUUUCACUAUUUCCUUUUUGCUCCUUAAGGUUUCUCUUAUCAUGUGCAGUUUGACUGAUCUCAAUUGUUUUUGGAGGAUAAAGAAUAGUGAAGAUGAUGAUGGAGAUUUGCGAACUGAUUGUGGUUUUGUCCUUUGGUUAAAUGAGGAACCUAUUGAACAUGAUUUUUAUAAAAAGAUGAUUAAUUUUAGAAUACCAGCAAGAAGAUAUGAGUUUUUUCUGGUAAUGUUUUUUGCUACUGAGGAGAUCAACAAAAAUCCUUAUCUUUUGCCCAACAUGUCUUUGAUAUUCACCAUCGUUGUUGGCCUAUGUGAAGAUACAUUGGGGCUGCUGGAUAAAUUAUAUUCACAACAAAGCUAUCAUUUCAAUUUUAUCAAUUAUAUCUGUGGAUUAGAGCCAAGUUGUGAUGUAGACCUUAUAGGACCAUCAUGGAAAACAUCCUUAAAACUGUCAAAUUAUCGUAAGACAGCAAAGGUUUUCUUUGGACCAUUUAAUCCUAACCUAAGUGAUCAUGACCAGUUUUCAUAUGUCCAUCAGAUAGCCACCAAGGACACACAUUUGUCCGAUGGCAUGGUCUCCUUGAUGCUUCAUUUUAGAUGGAAUUGGAUUGGACUGGUCAUCUCAGAUGAUGACCAGGGUAUUCAGUUUCUCUCAGACUUGAGAGAAGAAAUGCAAAUGUAUGAGAUCUGUUUAGCUUUUGUUAAUAUAAUCCCAGAAAACCUGCAGAUAUACAUGACAAGGGCUAAGAUUUAUGAUAAACAAAUUAUGACAUCUUCAGCCAAGGUUGUUAUCAUUUAUGCUGAAAUGAACUCUACUGUAGAAAUCAGCUUUAGAAGAUGGAGAUAUUUAGGUGCACAGAGAAUCUGGAUCACGACCUCUCAAUGGGAUGUCAUCAUAAAUAAAAAAGAUUUCACCCUUGAUUUCUUCCAUGGGACUGUCACUUUUGCACACCACCACAGUGAGAUUACUAUAUUUAGGGAUUUCAUGGAAACAAUGAACACUACCAUAUACCCAGUAAACAUUUCUGAGUCUAUACUGGGGUGGAAUUAUUUUAAUUGUUCAAUCUCAAAGAACAGCAAUAAAAUGGAUCAUUUUACAUUCAACGACACAUUGGAAUGGUUGGCACUGCACAAAUAUGACAUGGUUCUGAGUAAUGAAGGUUCCAAUUUAUACAAUGCUGUGUAUGCUGUUGCCCACACCUACCAUGAACUCAUUCUUCAACAAGUAGAGUCUCAGAAAAUGGCAGAACCCAAAGGCAUAUUCUUUGACUGUCAGCAGGUGGCUUCUGUGCUGAAAACCAGGGUAUUUACUAACCCUGUUGGAGAACUGGUGAAUAUGAAACAAAGGGAAAAUCAGUGUGCAGAGUAUGACAUUUUCAUCAUUUGGAAUUUUCCACAAGGCCUUGGAUUAAAAGUGAAAAUAGGGAGCUAUUUUCCUUGUCUCCCACAGAGUCAACAACUUCGUAUAUCUGAAGACCUGGAGUGGGCCACAGGAGGAACAUCAGUUCCCUCCUCCAUGUGUAGUGUGACAUGUACUGCUGGAUUCAGGAAAAUUCAUCAGAAAGAAACAGCAGACUGCUGCUUCGAUUGUGUCCAGUGCCCAGAAAAUGAGGUUUCCAAUGAAACAGCAGAUAUGGAACAGUGUGUGAAGUGUCCAGAUGAUAAGUAUGCCAACAUAGAGCAAACCCAUUGCAUCCAAAGAGUUGUGUCAUUUCUGGCUUAUGAAGAUCCACUGGGGAUGUCUCUAGGCUGCAUGGCCCUGUGCUUCUCGGCCAUCACAGUGCUAGUACUAGUCACAUUUGUGAAGCACAAGGAUACUCCCAUUGUGAAGGCCAAUAAUUGCAUUCUAAGCUACAUCCUGCUCAUCUCUCUCAUCUUCUGUUUUCUCUGCUCAUUAGUCUUCAUUGGACACCCCAACCAGGUCACCUGCAUCCUGCAGCAGACCACAUUUGGAGUAUUUUUCACUGUGGCUGUUUCUACAGUGUUGGCCAAAACAAUAACUGUGGUCAUGGCUUUCAAGCUCACUACUCCAGGAAGAAGGAUGAGAGGGAUGCUAGCAUCUGGAGCACCUAACUUGGUCAUUCCCAUUUGUACCCUAAUCCAACUUGUUCUCUCUGGAACCUGGUUGGUAACAUCUCCUCCCUUUAUUGACAGAGAUAUACAAUCUGAACAUGGGAAGACUAUCAUUAUUUGCAACAAAGGCUCAGUCAUUGCCUUCCACUUUGUCUUGGGAUACUUGGGUUCCUUGGCUCUGGGGAGCUUCACUGUGGCUUUCUUGGCUAGGAAUCUUCCUGACAGAUUCAAUGAAGCCAAGUUCCUAACAUUCAGCAUGCUGAUGUUCUGCAGUGUGUGGAUCACCUUUCUCCCUGUCUAUCAUAGUACCAGGGGGAAGGUCAUGGUGGUUGUGGAGGUCUUCUCAAUUUUGGCUUCUAGUGCAGGGUUGCUAGGGUGUAUCUUUGUCCCAAAGUGUUAUGUUAUUUUAGUUAGACCAGAUUUAAAUUUUGUACAGAAGUACAAAGAUAAAUUACUUGAUUGA